AUGUCGCCUCCCAACAUCCUCUUCAUCAUGGCGGAUGACCAUGCUGCCAAAGCCAUCAGCUGCUACGGCGCAGGGAUCAACCAUACUCCCCACCUAGACCGGGUAGCGAAAGAAGGAAUGAAGUUCAAUCACUGUUAUGUGACCAACUCUAUCUGUACCCCUUCUCGCGCUGCUAUCCUCACGGGCACACACAACCACGUCAAUAACGUGCUGACGCUCUCGAGCAAGAUCGACAAGCGCCUGCCGAACGUAGCCAAGAGUCUCAGGUCGGGAGGGUACCAGACUGCCAUGGUAGGCAAGUGGCAUCUCGGCGAAGGGGAGGCACACGAGCCGAGCGGGUUCGAUUUCUGGUCUGUGAUCAACUGGAUCGAGAAACGUGAUCGAAACAGGCCAUUCUUCCUCAUGUGCCAUCACAAGGCGCCCCACCGGUCGUGGGAGUUCAACCCCAAGCACGGGCAGCUGUACACCGACCCUGUACGUGUUCCGGAAACGUUCGACGACGACUACAAGAAUCGGGCCAAGGCGGCAGCGGAGGCGAAGAUGAAAGUCGGCACGGAUAUGACGUACCUUGAUCUGGGGCUUGCGCAGCCUGAUGGGGGGAAUGAGGUGGGGGAGAGGUUGAUAGUCGGCUCGUCGUCGAAUUGGGAUCGCAAGGUUCCUGACCCGGAGGACGUGACUACCAUGCGCCCGCUGAUCGACAAGCACACGGGGGAGAUGUUCACGUUCAAGACGCGUGCAGAACUCAAGAACUUCAAGUUCCAGAGAUACAUGCAGCGGUACCUGCGCACCAUCCAGUCUGUGGACGACAAUGUCGGUCGGCUGCUGGACUACCUGGAUAAAGAAGGACUGACGGAGAAUACGAUCGUCAUCUACACUUCGGACCAAGGGUUCUUCCUUGGCGAGCACGGCUGGUUCGACAAGCGUUUCAUCUACGAAGAGUCCUUCCAGAUGCCUUUCCUCAUCCGGUACCCGAGGGAGAUCAAGCCCGGCACAGUGUGCGACGAUAUCAUCCAGAAUGUGGACUUUGCGCCUACAUGGCUGGAUUUUGCCGGCCCGCCCAUACCCAACUAUAUGCAAGGAUACAGUUUCCGCUCGCUUCUACAGAACCAGACUCCUUCCAGCUGGAAGCAGGUCGCCUACCACCGAUACUGGAUGCAUAGGGACGAUAUCCACAAUGCCUAUGCUCACUAUGGAGUGCGGAACCAGCGAUACAAGCUCAUCUACUGGUAUAACGAGGGGUUCGAGCUGGCAGGAACGAACCAUGGCGGGCAGGAUAAGGAAUGGGAGCUGUUUGACUGCGAGAAGGACCCGCUCGAAUUGCUUAACGUUUUUGGGGAAUCUGGGUAUGCGCAGGUGGUUAAGCAGCUUAUGAAGGAGCUGGAUGACAAGAUGGCGGAGAUUGGGGACGAACCGGCGCAUGUGCCGUAUUACGCCUUGACGGCGAAUGGCAAAUAG